UGGUUGUAUCUCUCCACUGCAGCCUCACGUCUCCACGCAUGCGCGGUGACGUCACAGACCGGCUGAACUCACGGAAGCGGCUGUCAGCUCUCUGCAGUCUGACCUCUGCCCUCUGACCUCUGACCCAAUGACCCUGCUCUUCGUGUACGGCACCCUGAAGCGGGGCCAGCCGAACCACCACCGGCUGCUGGACCCGGCCCACGGCUCGGCGGUCUUUGUGGCGCCGGCGCUGACAGUUCAGCGCUUCCCCCUGAUCAUCGCCACCGAGUACAACAUCCCCUUCCUGCUCAACCUGCCGGGCGACGGGAACCGGAUCCACGGCGAGCUCUACCGCAUCGACGCCUCCAUGCUGGAAUUCCUGGACGACUUUGAGGGCGUCCCCGCCCGCUACCAACGCCACCCGGUGGAGCUGGAGGUCACGGGGGCGGGGUCAGAGGGGUUAAAGGUCGGCGGCAGGAUGGAGGCCUUCAUCUACACCACCACCACCUUCAAACCCGAGUGGCCGGCACUGCAGCGCUUCGAGUCCUACGACGCGGACGGGGACCACGGCUUGAAGUACUGCUACCCGGAGGACCGGCACUGAUGGAGUGGGCGGGGCUUAGGGCGGAUGAUGUAAUGUUUAAAGAAAGAUGCUAACAGUCUUAGAUUAUGAUGAUUAUGCUGCUAGCUUGAUUUAUGCUAAUGAGCUUGUAAAGGGACGUACAGUUCCUAGACCACUCCACACCCUCACCUGACACUCCGUAGUCAUGACAACGGCUCUGGUAGUUAGAGAUGUCUCCUCUAGACCUCUCUGGUUGUCAUGGCAACGUCUCCUGUAGACCUCUCUGAUUGUCAUGGCAACGUCUCCUCUGGACAUCUCUGAUUGUCAAGGGAACGUCUCCUCUAGACCUCUCUGAUUGUCAUGGCAACGUCUCCUCUAGACCUCUCUGGUUGUCAUGGCAACAUCUCCUCUAGACGUCUCUGAUUGUCAUGGCAACAUCUCCUCUGGACAUCUCUGGUAGUCAUGGGAACGUCUCCUCUAGACCUCUCUGGUUGUCAUGGCAACGUCUCCUCGAGACCUCUCUGGUUGUCAUGGCAACAUCUCC